CUGUCUCCGUGGGGGACACCAGGCAUAUACCUGUCACGCAGGACCAUGUCGCAAGUGCAGGAAGCGCCAUAAUACCCUGAUUUGCAGUAAUGGCCAGCAGUUAGCUUCUCAGAACAGUGCUUCCACUGCAACAAGACCCGCGUCUACACCUGCAGCAGAGCUUACAGUUAACUUAGCUAGAGAUAAUGUUAAAAGGUUUACUCUUCUGUCCACAGCCUUGGUCGAGGCGGUCAACCCAGUCAACAAAAAGGCUGAAGUUGUUCGCAUCUUACUCGACUGCGGUGCUGAGUCCAGUCUCAUUUCCAAAAGACUACAAGAUAGGUUAGAGUUGCAAUCGUCCCCCAUGGAACCCAUCAAUUUGAUAGGGAUAGGUAACUUAACUUCUCACUGUACAAACGAACUUUGCUCGUUUCAAUUGAAAUCUCUGCACAGUGACUAUGUAGCGGAGUUGACUUGCCCAGUACUACCUGAACUCACAGGUGAUAUCCCGAGGUUAUUAAUUAACACAAACAAUCUCAAAUUUCCUACGGAUGUUCAGCUAGCCGAUCCUAAUUUUUACAAGCCGUCACCAAUUGACGUGCUGGUUGGCGCUGACCUAUUUUGGCACAUAGUAGGAUGCGAACGUCAAACAUUAGGUGCCAACAAACCUUAUUUAAUAAAUUCAGAGUUCGGCUGGAUUUUAUCUGGUCCUAUCAAUUCAGGAACUCACCCUUCUAAUAUAAGAUGCAAUUUUCAAGUUUCAAGUCCCCAAUCAGAAAAUCUCGACAAGUUGCUGAAUCGAUUUUGGGAGCUGGAAGAAUUCUCACCCAAGAAACUAUUAAGCGAGGACGAGAAGUCAUGUGAGGAACACUUCCAGGCUCAUACAACUCGAGAUUCCUCAGGUAGAUUUUGUGUGAGGUUACCCCUCAAGGAUACCCCUGACUGCUUAGGAAAUUCAUACAUUACUGCCAGGAAAAGAUUUUUCAAUUUAGAGAAGCGUUUUAAGGCACAGCCUGAACUUAAAGCUCAAUACACGGAAUUCAUUAAUGAAUAUAUCAAGUUAGGCCAUUGCUCUAUUUUAAAUGUGACGAGACUAGAACCGUCCUAUUUUUUAUGUCACCACGCCGUAUUUAAGCAACAAAGUGAAUCUACUAAGUUAAGGGUUGUUUUUGACGCGUCGUGCCCUACGUCGUCAGGUUUUUCUGUCAACGACUUGCAGUACGUGGGCCCUACAAUACAAGACACGCUUUUCUCCAUUUUAUUACGUUUUCGUCAACACCGCUACGUGCUAACGGGUGACAUCGAAAAGAUGUUUCGUCAAGUCACUGUGCACGAGAAUGACCGUAACUUGCAACUCAUUCUAUGGAGAGACAAUGAACACAGUCCUCUGCAAACUUUGCGACUUAAUACGAUAACUUACGGUUUUGCGAGCGCUAGCUAUUUGAGCACUAAAUGUUUAUGGCGUUUGGGCGAGGAGUGUGAAGAUGACUUAAUAAAGACAAUCAUUCAGCGUGACUUCUAUAUGGACGAUCUGCUAACCGGAGCCGAUACGAUAUCGGAUCUGCACCAUAUCUUGGCCACAGUUGUGUCGGUUUUACGGUCUGGUUGUUUUCCGCUGCGGAAGUUUAAAUCUAACGUGCCUUCAAUUCUCGAAAGUUCUGCGAUAGACCCAUUAGAAAAUUUAACGCUAAGCGAGUCCACUAGCACUUUAGGAUUGCAAUGGAAACCAUCCACUGACACCUUAAAUGUCAUAGUAAGCAUUCCAGAAUACACCGACGAUUAUAUAACAAAGCGAUCGAUAUUGUCGCAUUCAUUCAAAAUUUUCGAUCCUCUCGGCCUGAUAAGCCCUUGUACGAUUAGAUCCAAGAUACUUAUGCAGGAAUUAUGGCGCCGUAACAUUGAUUGGGAUGAACCAGUCCCUUGUGAUUUGCAAGAAACUUGGGAUGAUUUAAAACAGGACCUUAGCAAGUUAGAAUUUAUUGAAAUUCCCAGAUUAGCUCUUUGCUACUUACCUGUUACCCUGGAGCUUCACUCCUUUUGCGAUGCGUCAGCUUCAGCGCACGGUUGUUGUCUUUAUUUAAGAUCUGUCGACCAUGAUGGGCAAGUGGUAGUUAGGUUGCUCUGCGCCAAAUCAAAAGUCAAUCCUAGCAAGCCGACUACGAUUCCUCGGUUGGAAUUGCUGGGUGCCCUACUAGCUGCUCGGUUGUGCAAGGCCGCUCUCGAGUCACUACGCUGCACGAUCUCACGGUGCGUGCAUUGGAGUGACUCCAGUGUCGUGUUGGGCUGGCUGCGCACCAGCCCUAGCAAAUUAAAAACGUUCGUUGCUAAUCGAGUCGUGGAAAUCUGUGAGACUACUACACCAGCAAACUGGCGUCACGUGCCAACGAAUUAUAACCCUGCGGAUUUGAUCUCUCGAGGCACCAAGGCUGGCUGUCUACUAGACUCACAAUUAUGGUGGUCAGGUCCAAAUUUUUUAUCUGAAUCGGAGUCGGAGUGGCCGGUUUUAGGAGAACAAAUUGAAGAUGAGCUACCUGAAAUAAAAAUUCAUUCGAUUCAAGUCUCUGAAAAUCUCAUCUCUUUUGAAAGGUUUUCCAAUUUAAUGAGAUUGAAACGGGCAUUUGCGUAUACUUUGCGGUUCAUACAUAACAUUAAAAAUCCUAAAGAUAAACGAACUGGACCUUUAACGGUCGAAGAAUUAAGCCAGUCGUUUAUUUUUAUUUGUAAAUUUGCUCAACUUCAAUCAUUUCCAAACGAAUACCAGGCUUUGAUUAAUAAACGCAACAUUUCAGCUCGAAGUAACCUUAUAUCGCUCAGUCCUUUUUUAGAUGAACAAGACGUCAUGCGCGUAGGUGGUAGGCUAGAACAUUCAAACUACGAUUUCGACAAGAAGCAUCCUAUCUUAUUGCAUUCAAAGCACCAGUUGUCUUGUUUGAUUUUUCGAUACGAGCAUGUUCGACAAAUGCAUGCAGGCCCUCAGCUAUUGUUAUACACAGUUCGAAACUAUGUCUGGCCAUUAGGUGGAAGACAACUAGCACGUCGCACGGUACGCAAUUGUGUACAGUGCAGACGUUUUCAAGGGAAAACGAUUACACCCCUAAUGGGUCAUCUUCCGGCGCAGCGCACUACACCAGCAUUUCCUUUCGAAACCACAGGCGUUGAUUUCGCGGGCCCAUUUACUAUCUUAAAUCGGAAAGGUCGCGGUUCAAAGACUUUCAAAUGCUACUUGUGUCUCUUUAUUUGCUUUAGAUAUAAGUGCGUCCACCUGGAAGCGGUCACCGAACUUUCUAAAGAGGCCUAUAUCCUAACGCUACGUAGAUUUAUAGGGCGCCGCGGAAGGCCGCUGGAAAUUUACAGUGACAAUGGGAGAAACUUUGUUGCCACUGCCACAGAGCUAAGUAAUUUCUUGAGAGAUGCGCCAAAUCUUGUAUCUGACUUUUCUGCAACCGAGCAAAUCAAGUUUCAUUUCAUCCCAGCUUACGCGCCUAAUUUUGGAGGUUAUUGGGAGGCAGGUAUCAAGUCAGCCAAGCACCAUUUAAAGCGCGUUAUAGGUAGCUCCAAUUUGACAUAUGAGGAGUUGUCCACUUUGCUUGCACAGGUGGAAGCUAUUCUAAACAGCCGUCCUCUAUGUCCUAUCUCAUCCUCUCCGCACGACCUUCAAUCCCUCACCCCAGGGCACUUUCUGAUUGGGCGGCCCCUGACAUCGCUGCCUGAUCCGACCCUCGAAACAGAGAAAACAUCAAAUUUGCAACGCUAUGAACGGGUGGAACAGGCACGCCAGCAUUUCUGGAGACGCUGGCAGAACGAGUACAUCUGUGAGCUCCAGCAACGGUUGAAGUGGCGCACCAGCAAGGGAGGCAUCCUUCAAGUGGGUGACUUGGUCCUCCUCCAGGACGAAACCUGUCCACCACUGCAAUGGCGUUUGGGGCGCGUUAAGCGGCUGUUUCCAGGCGUCGAUGGGGUCGCCAGAGUGGCUGAAAUCGCGACCCAACGAGGCGACGUCCGGAGAGCGCUCACCAAACUUUGCCCUUUAUUGCCUGAGGCUGAUGCUGAUGUUCAGUAAUACCCGGGGUAUUCCAGGGGGGGGAACUAUGUUCGCGUCAAAUUAAAGGAACGACAGUGGCAACACCGUGUACUGCGUAGACACAGAAAAGUGACAAUUGUGAUUUAUAUUAUAACCUUUAAAAAUCUAAAAUCCAAAAGUAAAAGUAGCUAUGUAUUGUAAAAAGGAAUAAAUUUUAUUGUAUUGAUCAAUUGGCUUCCAAGGAGUU